AUGUUUCCACUUCUCAUUAUUUGGAUUAUCUACGCAAGCGCUUCCUCAGUUUUUGCUUUGGAGUGCUUACAAUGCGACAAAUAUGCUGCAUGGUACUCAGAGGAGGAGCAUGAGCGUCACAUUGAACUUUGCCAAAACGGUUUGGUACCCCCGACACCGUGUAGGAACCAUUCACAUACGCAUUGUAUAGUUAGCUGGUACAGAAGUGGAGAUAGCAAAGAAAAAGUAAUCACUGAGCGUAAAUGCGGUACUGUGGAAGAUGUAACUGGUUGCACUCUCUACAACUCAAAAAUUAGAAGGAAGGUACGACACCUACUGUCCGUAGAUCGGACAAGCGGUACCGUGCAGCGGAAAGCACCCGCUCUCUUUGUCGAGGUAUGCAGCGAGUCUUGCCCUGGGGGAAGAUGCUUGAAUUCGAGCGUAACAAAAAAUGCUGCCGCUGUGGUCAUAAUUCUACUCGUGUUUUUGUUGCAGCAGUGAAAUGACGUGUGGAAAUUUUGACUUACAAUACGAGUGGCUUCCUUCUGACCUGACUAGCAUUGCCUAAUUUUCGUUUGCUCAAUUGGCACUUUCAGCACUUAUAAUGCUUUUUGUAUUAGUUAUACAUUCAAAUAGUAUAUCAUGAAGAUUUUUUCGUAUGUAUAAUACCGCACCUACUUCUUGCAAAAUUUAUGGGUCGCCAUCAAAUGCGCUUCCUAGAAUGAUAUUUUUGGGCAGAUGGAAAAAAAU